GCUGGAAGCUUUGGCCUGAAGGUUGCGGUUCGGAGAAUGUCUAAAUCUUUUGAGAAUUAUAUUUUAUUUGAAAAGUAACUUAGAGUUUUUUAGAAAUAAGUUUUUAGACGAUUUCUUUUCUUUUAGAUUAGACAUCUUUUAAAUAAAAAUGGACUACGUUAACUAUAUUCCAGACGAAAACUACAAUAACUUUAUGACUGAGGGAAUGGAAGUUGAUGAGGUUGCUGUUAAGUUCGGCGACAUUGAGAUGCUUAGGGGAAAUGAAUACCUCGUAGAAGAUAUUUAUCAAAACGCAGGAGAAAAUGGAGGAAAUGGUUUUAGAGCUGGAGGAGAUGACUAUUACUAAAACCAAAACAUAUAAAAAGUAUGGGCCUGAGCAAAUCGCACGCUUUAUACACGUAUUACAGGAAAUAGGAGUCACUGUGCCAAAAGCGGCCGAAGCUUGUGGCCUACCUACCAGCAGUGCUUAUAAACUUUUAAACCAGUUCAAUGAUGUUCAAACACUGUUGUAUAUGGCGUAUGAAAAUACAAAAUAUACAAUUAAAAAGUAAUAAUAAUAAAAAAACACAAAAUUAAAAGAAAACAGUUAUAAGUAAUCAGCU